AUGAGUUUAUUUAAAGAUCGCAAAAUUUGCAAGUUGUUGGCCAGCGCGGAUAAAAUCAACCAGGAAGGCUACAAAACCAACUUGCUGGAAAAUAACAUUUAUUCUGGGAGCAAUUCAGGUUCAGUUGAGCGUUAUUCUGCUGAAGAUGAGAAGACUAAACUUGGUUCCAACGAUUCUAUAUCUAGUUGUAUGACUCAGGUUUCCAUAAAACACCGAAACGACGAGGUACACACUGAUUCUGACGGUUCCGAGAAUAAACCAGAAGGUCAUAAAAGGUCUUACAAAUCAGAUGAAAUUACAGAGACUAAGCUUGUUAAAAAGGACGAGGAUGAGUUAAAGAGUGCGAGAAGCUCAAAGUUGAUAAUUUUUGAUUACGACGACACUAUACUUCCCACAUAUUCUCUGACAUUGCUACAGAAACCGAGAUUCACUACGAGGUUAACUGAGGAGGCUCUUCUGGGUCUAGAAAAACUAAGCGAUGCAGUUUUGGAUAAUAUGAACACUGCGUUAAAUAUCGGAACCAUUGUUAUCGUCACAAAUGCCAGCUCGGAGUGGGUAUCUCAGAGCGUCGAAAGAUAUCUUCCGAAGGUUGGGGAAUUCUUAAUUAAGCACAAGAUACGGAUAAUUUCAGCUAGAGAUAGGUUUGGUAACUCCAUGUUGGCUCAAAAGCACUGGAAAUAUUUCAUCUUUAUUGAUCUCAUUGAGGAGCACUUUAUUCGACAGCUUAAAACUGGUGACUCAUUUUCCUUAAUUUCAAUUGGUGAUGGUUCUGAGGAGCGUGAGGCUUGUAUGAAGCUUGUUGGUAUUUUCAAAAACCAGGGUUGGACUUUUAAAAACUUGAAAUUUUUAAAUCAGCCUAGUUACAACUGCCUCACUUUGGAGCACAUUCUUCUUCAAAAGUCCUUCAAGAACUUUGUAGACAUUCAAUCUUCUGCUGAUUUAUGCAUCCAAUUCGACAAAGUGAACUCUUAA